UCAUAUGUCAUUUGUGGUGUUUACACUGGCAUUGGAAAACAACAUUCAAGAACGAUUCAGUUUUCUGAUUUCUUUCACAACUUUAGAGUGUUUUGAGUGUGGUUUAAUAGUUUAAUCAACAAUUUUCUUAAUGGCCAAAAGAUGGAAAUUCCGGAUGUAGUAUCGGUGAAGCGGUUUAAAGAGUUCAAUGCAACUGAAAAAGAUGAAUUAUAUCAAACACUACUAAAUUUGUUUAAGGUAGUUGAAGAGAUACCAAAGAAAUCCCUACGGAAAACAUUAGAAGUGACCUUAGCUGUACUGCAGUACAAAGGCGAGCAAGUACAUGACUUACAGGAUCAAUUAGAUUCAAAAUCAUUGGACAGCCAAGAAAGACUUAUGGAUGAAAAUGAUAAGCUAAGACGCAUGAUCGAAAAUUUAGAAGAUGAGAAACAUGUACUAAGUAGUAAAGUUAAAGAACUCACGGACGAAAUUUUUGCAUUACAUAAACGUUUGCAAGAUGCGGCUGCUUUAGCUGAAGGAAGUGACAAAGACUCUUCAGAUCCACUUUCUGAACUAGACAAGCAGGAAGAACUACUACGCAAUAUUAACACAAAAAAUAAACAUAUAAAACGACUUUUAAGGGAAAUCGAAACCUUACAAAAUCAAAAUAUUGAACAGUCUAAGACUAUAAUACAAACUGAGAAGGAAUUACAGACUGUGAAGGAACAGUUAUUGCAGUUAAGUGCUGAUAUAACACAAGUUGAUGAUGAAAGAAAAUCUCUUAAAGAAGUAGUCAAUGAAUUGAAUGUUGAAAUUACAAGACUUGAGAGCAGUAUAACAUUUCUGGAAGAGCAACGAGAUAAAAGCGAACGAGAACUUAAAAACUUCAUUGAAAAAUUAGAAGAAAAAGCGCAAUUAUGGAAACAUAUGUUAGAUGAAAAGGAUAAAGACAUUAAAAAAUUACGUAAAAAAUUGGAAAAACUUAAUAGAAAUACAGACAGUGAAGGUUCUAUAAAAAGUGAAACCACAGCGCUUGAAAGUGAAGAAGUAACUGAAACAAUAGAAUUAAAAAAUAUAAUAGAAUCUCGUAAUUUGAUUAUAGAGCAAUUGGAAAAGAAAAUAAAGAAAAUGGCACAAGAAAUGAUUCGAUCCACAAAAUUAAUGAAUAAAAUAUCUACUGAAAAAGAAGAUGAACGUAAUCCACAAAAACCGCGUACCUGUUGUAAAUCUAUAGAAGAAGCUUUGCAGGCUUGCAAUGACCACUGUCGUGAAUUAACAGAUAUGUUGGAAACUGCAGAGGAGGAAAGUGCUUUAAAAUCUAAACAAGCAAUGGAAGCUAUUGCUGCUUUAGAAGCCUACCAACACGGUGAAGAUGGUCUGGUAAAAGCAUUGCGUAAAUGUGGUAGCUUAGAACAAAAAUUAGCCUCACGCGAAAAACGGAUCCAGACUCUUGUAACCGAACUUAAUUCAAUGCAUGAAAUAAUACAAGAAAAUAAAGUCCUACGAAAACGUUUACAUAUACCUGAUGAUGUGGUAAUCGUGGUGAAAAACUUUACGGCGAAGGAACGUAACAAGGAUAAAAUAAUUGAACGAUUGAAAUUAAAAUUAAGAGCUUCAGAAGAAAUGCGUUUACAGCUUAAAUUAGAAAAAAAUGAAUUAAAGAAUGAAGUUAUUGCAUUAAAACGGCAGCAUCCAAAUGUUAUCGAAAUGGAAAGAUCAAGCAUUGAAAAAAUUCCUAGUGAAGUUGGAGAGGUUGAAGACAGCACAACUACAGAAAAACCACUCCUUAGUACUGAAUGUAGUACAUGCCGUAUGCGUAAGGAAAAUUUAAAUUUGCCAAUGGAAUCUGAAUGGGUUGAACAGGAUGUGGAAUCAAAAUACCAAGAAAUUAUUACGGAAAAUGAUACGUUACGGGUAGGAAUGCAUGAAAUACUAAGUAAACUACGUGAAUACGAUGAUAAUUCGGAUCAUAUUACCAUCGAUUCUGAACUCCUCCUACGUUUAAUAGAAUCUUUACGUACUGUGCCACCAACGUCGAAUUGGUUACAACAACAACUGAAAUCAUUAGAAAUGCGUGAAAAAAAUAUACAACAUAUAUUUGGGAUGCAAAUGCAAAUGAAAUUUGUUGAUAUAGAUGCCGAUGAGUUGUCAUCUGUACAAAGUAUACGCGAAGGAGGAGAAAUUUGUGAUGGUAAUAUAGCUGAUAUGAAAAUACCAAAUAAUAUUGAUACUUCCACACGACCAUCAUCACCAAAUGUGCAACCUAAUGUAGUGCUACCAGUUAUAGAUGAUGCUGAACCUUUAGAAAAUAAUGAUGAUUUGAAAAGACAAGUGAAAGAGCUACAAAUUUAUGAGAAAUAUUAUGAAGAACUGAAGAUACACAUGUCAGCCAGUGAAUUAGAAUUACAACGUUAUUGUGCCGAUUUAGUAGAACAGAUUAAAAAUAUAAAAUUAGAAUUAAACAGAACUUCCAGUUCUUAUGACUUUAUGCGUAAAGAGUUUGACUCCAUGUUAACAGAAGCUAAGCAAAAAGAAUUGCGUCAUAUAGAAAUCGUGUCUGAUAUGCAAAAAGAUCACAAAUUGCAAACAGAACUCAUCAAAAAACUGGAAUUCAAUUUGAAUCAAGAUGAAAAAACUAGAACCUACAAUGUGGAUGAAUAUUUAGUAUUAGAAAAAACGAAUGCCGAAUUGCGUGCCCAACUAGCCUAUAUUAUAGAACAUGUGCUAACAGGAAAACUAAGAGAAGAUCUUAAGAUCACAGAGCUCUGCACUGACUAUGGCGUUAUAAGAGAAAAUAUGGAAUUAGAUUAUUUAACUUUUCAGGAAUAUGAAGAUCUUAAAGCUAGUCUUAAGUUAGCGAAUGAAACACAAAUAGAUUUAGAACGAAAAAUACUUCAACUUGAAGGAUUAUUAGAAAUAGCACAAAAUCAGAUACAAUCACAACAAAAUUUGUUAAAUGAAAUUACGGAUAACCACAUAAAUCUCAGACAUUUAGUUGCUGAUCUGCAAAGCACAACCGAGGAUAAGCUAGUAUUAGCUAAAAUGCAACGCGAUAUUGAUAAUGUUAAAUCUGAGUAUAAUUUACUUAAACUUGAACGAAAUGAGUUAAAGGAUAAAUGCCAAACAUUAAAAACCGAUUUAAAUACUAAAGUACAAAUAACUAUUAACUUAAAUAAGGACUUCCAGAAAGAACGUAAAAAUAAGGAUAUUAAAAUUAAGUUUCUACAAAAAUCGUUAUAUACUCUUAAGGAAAAAUAUUCUAAAUUUACACCACUGAUCUUCCUGACAAACUUUGUAUAUGCUUACACACGAUUUAUGCAAAAAGUAAGAGAAACUAAAGAUGAACAAUUUAAAGAGAGUGUAACGAAUAUAGUGGAAGAAAUCAUAUUGCUAAGACUGCAAGAUCAAAAAAGCGAUGAAUCUCAAAAUCUAAUAAAACUCGUUAAAACGGAAAUGCAAUGUAAACUUCUUGAAGAAAAUCUUGCAAAAAUGCAAGUGAAAUGCGAGGAGCUACAACAGGAUUUGACCAAGCAAAGAAUCGAAAAUGCAAAUGAAAGUGAACAUUGGCAAACAAUUGAAGCAUUAUUUAGUCAGGACAAAAUCAAUGAAGUUGUUGCUUCCAUCACUGAACCAGUUGUAACAAAAGUUAGUUUACAAUUCACGGAUGCAUCUACAAAUACAGAACCUCCUCCUAUACCAGCUGAAAGAAAAUUGUCAGCCAAAAAUGUUCCAACAAAAUUGGUUGAUAAAAACACAUCACCAAUAAGUUCUCCUGUUAAGAAAAAAGAAGGUACUACAGUUGCAACUCAGACUGAUUUGGAACUUUCUGAUCGAUUAAGUAAGGUGGCGGAAAUUGAUAAGUCAAAAGAGAUAAGUACAACAUCAACUGUAAACGAAGCUGUAGAAACAAUUGAGGUGUCUACACAAACGGAUCAGAUUAUUACUGCCACAUUGGGUGUACAAUCGUUAGAAUUACAACCAGAUGACGUUAACGUCACUCCAGACAAAGUUUCUUUGGAAAAAGAAUUGCAAGAAGCGCGUAAAAAAAUAUUGGAAACAGAAGAACAUUGGAAAAAUAGUCAACAAAAUUUACAAAAUGCACAAAAACGCAUUGAAGAAUUGCAAAAUGCACUAGAAGCGAACAAACUUGACAGUAAGACCAAAGAAACGUCAGCAGUCACUGCUGCAAUACCAUCAUCCACUGUAGCGAGAGAAAGCCCAGACUUAUCCCAACAAUCUGGAAUUAUUGAAAAAACGAUACUUUCUUUUCAUGCUCUACUUACGGAAAAAGAUAAAUCAAUCAGCAAAUAUCAAGAUUUACUUCAAACUGAACGUGAACACACACAAAAUCAAUUUAUUAAAUUAAAAACUGAUAUUGACUGCCUACAGAGUACUGUUGAUAACUUAAAUGUCAAUAUUAAAUCAAAAGAUCUGGAAAUAUUAGAGCUUAAAACUAAGUUGGAGAGUACGUACAUACGUCGAAACUCUAACGAAAAAAUUGAUCUAGCGAGAACUGCAUUGGUUGCCAACGAAAGUGUCGAUAACAGUCUCAAUGAGCUAUCUGAUGAAAAAAUAGAGGAAAUGUUUGAACAGGAAUCUUCACCCAUAUCGGUUGCUCCGAAAGCCUCAACAAUUUUAACAGAUAGAAGUAAAGAAAAUGAAUUUAUCGAAAAACAGGAUAAAGAAAAUUUGAAAGAAGUUUCAACCUUAAUGUUGCAAAUCAAAAAACUUAAAGAAAGAUUAAAAUACGUAACUACUAUUUUAAAAGGCAAAGAAGAAGAUAUAAAACUGCUUAAGGAAAAAUUGCAACUAUGUCAAGAACGUGAAAAAUCUGUAGGUACUGAAACCAGUUCAGAAGUAGAACAAUUACGGACUUUGCUGGACGAAAAGGACAAACAUAUUAAUGAACUAAUGGAAACACUAAAAACCUUCCAUGAUGAUCAACAACGUUAUAUUGACGAUUCUUCCAAUUACACUGCCGAUCAAAUAUCUAAACUUGCUUCCGACUUAACACGUACGGAAGCCACAAAUAAAAUCUAUCAAACCCAAGUAGAAGCAUUACGUCGCCAACUGACCGCCAUUACGCAACGGGAGAAGCAAGCAAGAGAACAGAAUCAAACACUCCGUAAUCAGUUGAUUAAACGUCCAGUUGUCUCCAUCAAAUCCGAGUUAAAUGCACGCGUCAAAAAUGAAAACCUCCAGAAGCGUGUUCAACAGCUUGAACUGGAUUUGGAGGACGCACGAGUGCAAAUUCGUAAACAAAACGUCGCAUUAGAAGCUAAAAGAGCUAAAUCUAAUGCAGAAAUACAUUUGUGGGAUAAACAGAAACGUUGGCAACAGAAUGCAGAGAAGUUAAAAUUAAAGUUGGAAGAAAAUGAAACUACUUUGGAGAAAACACGUACUCUAUUGCAAUCAGCGAGAACUACAAUAAACCGUUUGGAAAAAGAUAAACAAAUGUUGGAAAGUAAAAUGAACCGACCAAUUGAAACAAGUAUGCCAAAUUUCAAAUGCUGUCGAACUCCUUCAUGUCCAAAUCUACGUCACACUAAAUAUUUAAGUUCUGAAACUCCAGAAUUAUAUGCCGGUAACAGUAGUGAAAGCAGUUCACCCAUACAUAGUGCACCAGUGGGUAAAACCAAAUCGGCAUGUAAUUUUAUCAAUUCACGAAAUGCUAACUCAUCAUUUGAAACUCAAGGAAAUCCGCAUGAAGAGAUAAUUGAAGCUUUAAAAGCACGCAUCGAAUUCCAACAACGUAAAAUAAUUGCUAUGGAACUGGAGGGAAAAGGCACUAAUGCACUUACAACUGAAAUGGAAAAAUUACAAGAAAAACUAUCUAAAACGGAGGCACAUAAUGUGCGUUUGGAGGCAAGAAAUUUACAAUUACAAUUGAAUAAUGAUUUAUUUAGGCAGGGAGAUGAAACCGAAAGACUGCAGAAACGCAUUAAACAUUUAGAGGACUAUAUAAUUGCACUAAAAGAGGAGUUAGCUCAUGUAGAAGUACGUGAGCAGCUCUGCAAAUGCAGCAGUAAUAAACCCGUGCACCAACCGGGUACAUCAGCAGAUCAAACGAUACUAUCAUUGAAACGUAUAGUUGAAAAACUACGUGUUGAAAAUAAAUAUCUAAAGGAUGGACGUCGUCCAAGCGAGACUAGAAGUGUUUCUAGUGAUGCUACCUCUGUUGAGUUGACCAGACUACAACAGUUGUACACAGAGUCUUUGGACAAAAUAUCGUUAUUGCACAUUGAAUUAAAUGAAAAAACUAAGAAUCCAAUUUGUAACUGCCAAACGAAGAUCGAUUCACAAAUUAGUGAAGAGCUCAGAUAUGUAAAAGAGCAGCUCAUUAAGAAAUGUCAAUUACUGGAAAAAGCAAAAGUAUUACUUACCCGAGCUGCUGCCAAAGAAAAGAUAUUAAAAGAACAAGUGGUUUUAUGGAAACGAAAAUGCUCAGAACUACAAAAUGUGCCAGUUAUCGAUGAAAUAAGCGAAUGAGCAGCAUUUUAUUUGCAGUUAA